AUGAAGAGUACAUUCGAUGGAUCAACUUUGAAUCUGAGGUUUAGUAAUGAGUUCAAUAAGGAUAAUCGCACAUUUUACCCAGGAGAUAACACGUUUUGGACGGGAGCGAAUAUCUGGUACGGAGCUACGCAAGACAUGGAAUGGUAUGACCCAGAUACCAUCACAACCGGGGGUGGAACUCUCCAAUUGAGCAUGGACUCUUUCUACAAUCACAAUAUACCAUUUCGAUCGGGGAUGCUGAAUAGUUGGAAUCGACUUUGCUUCAAGGGAGGAGCUUUUGAAGUUUCCGUAUCUCUGGCAGGCCCUGCUGGCGUUCCCGGUUUAUGGCCAGAUGUUUGGACGAUGGGAAAUCCUGGGCGACCAGGUUACAAAGCCACUACUGAGGGCGUUUGGCCUUACACAUACAACUCAUAUGACAUGGCCUCUCCUAUUUGCCUGGCUCAAAGCUCUCUUCCUGCUCUUGCAAAGGGGAAGAUCAUACAAAUCCAGCCAUCAGUCGAUCCUACCAACAGAAUCGGAAUCAUCACACAACGUUUCCAGGUGGCACCAUUCGACGUCUUUUGGUGGCAAAACUCGAAUUUCUUAGCCAUUCCAAACUACGACACGUCCCAAAUGAACGGUUACACCUUUCAGAGCAUAUUAUAA